AUGCACAAAGGCAUCAGUAACGGGAGCCCAACGCACCUACCAACCGAGUACACCUCCCUCCUCUCCAAACCCUUCGAUAAUGAACCAUGCGGGAACCCCGAAAGAAGCGAAGACCCAUUUUCACGAGCUCUCAUACUCGCCGAAUUCUGGCUCUUGCUGAAAGACUCGACCCCCGUAAUUCUAGCCUACACCCUGCAAAACAGCCUGCAGACCGUAUCCGUGCUCAUAAUCGGUCGCUCGUCACCAGAGAAUCUCGCAGCGAGUGCAUUCUCGCAGAUGUUUGCCAUGGUAACGGCGUGGAUGAUUGCUCUGGGAGGUACAACGGCUAUGGAUACGCUCGCCUCCUCCUCGUUCACGGGCAGCUCCAACAAACAUGAUCUGGGGAUCCUGUUGCAGCGAGGGUUUCUUGUUCUGGGUCUUUUUUAUGUACCCGUUGCUGUUCUGUGGGCGUUUUCAGAACCGGUUUUCUUGUUCCUUGGUCAGGAUUCGCAACUUUCAAGAGAUAGUGCGAGGUUCUUGACUUGUUUGAUUCCCGGAGGUUUGGGAUAUAUCUAUUUUGAGGUUAUGAAGAAGUACUUACAGGCUCAAGGCAUCAUGCGAGCCGGAACAUAUGUGUUGUUGAUUACAUCACCCUUGAGUGCCGCUCUCAACUAUAUAUUUUGCUACACGUUCGAGAUCGGCCUCUUAGGUGCCCCUCUAGCAACUGGUCUCUGCUACUGGCUCUCCUUUGCCCUGCUUGUCCUCUACGCGCGCUUCAUCAGUGGCUCAGAGUGCUGGGGUGGAUGGUCCCGCGAAGCGUUUCACAACCUGCACACAUUCACCCGGCUCGCUAUUCUGGGCAUUGUCCACGUUGGCACAGAAUGGUGGGCUUUCGAGAUCGUCGCUUUAGCAGCCGGCCGCCUGGGCACUGUCUCGCUGGCUGCCCAAAGUGUCAUCAUGACUGCCGACCAAAUUCUCAACACGAUUCCUUUCGGUAUUGGGGUCGCGACAUCCGGCCGCGUCGGCAAUCUUCUCGGGAAGAGGGAUGAUACCGGCGCUGCACGGGCGGCGCAUACCUCUGCCCUGCUCAGUAUGGCUUUCGGUGGCGUCGUUCUAGCUGUUCUUAUGGGGACGCGAGAGCAUUUUGCGAAGAUGUUUAAUGACGAUACUAGCGUUGUGAAUCUUACGGCUGAGGUGCUGCCUUAUGUGGCGCUUUUCCAGAUUGCCGAUGGGCUUAAUGGGAGCUGUGGGGGUAGUUUGCGUGGAAUGGGACGGCAGCAUGUGGGUGCUCUGGUUAAUUCGGUGAGCUAUUACUGUGGUGCGUUGCCGUUGGGUAUCUGGCUUGCAUUUCAUGGUUGGGGACUCAAGGGUCUGUGGGUUGGGCAGUGUAUUGCCCUGUAUUUGGUUGGAGCGCUUGAAUGGAUUAUUGUUGCGCGAAGUCAGUGGGAUACUGAGGUGCGCAAGGCCUUCCAGCGCAUGGAUGUGCAUGAGGUUUUGGAGGAUGGGGUGGUGGAGUAG